ACGUUAGCCUGCUGCUGAGCGGCCUGGGAUUUAUGGAGAGGGCCUCGGGCGGCAGCUCCGAGUACUGCCGGGCCCAACAUCACCGCCACGCCUGCUGCUGAGGAGGCCGGCGCGCCUCUGGCCCUCACCAUUGCCCUCGCCCGCCGAUGGCCCCUGCUGUCCGGCCCAGGGCCGGCUGUGCCGCCUGAGCCCCCGGCCCCCCUCCAGGACUCUCAGUACCCCGAUGGGGUAACGUGACAGAGGCCCUGUGUGUCAGGAGCCGCUGCGGCCGCCUCCCACCACCUCUGCCCCUGUUGGUCUAGUUCAAGUUCGGUUUUCCUUUGGUCCUUGACGGCUUGGGGCCCGCCUUUGAGUGCAGGCGGCCGCUUGCCUGUCCUCCCAUGCAGAGGGGGUGUCCCCAGAGGCAGGCAGCGCUGGACAGAGCCACGGCGGCCCGUUCGCUCUGGGUUUUUUAAAGUUUUCUUUGCUGGGUUUUUGGUUGCCCUUAUUUUUACCUCUGCAUCUUUGGGGCCUGUGUCUUUGCUUGGAAAGAGCUGGGCUCUGCUCCUCACCUCCUCCACCUCCGAGGUGUUUGCACCGCAUCUGUGCGGCUGGGGCGGGUUUAUAAAGCAUUUUCCGGGUCUCGGACAAGCACAGGGACCGCGGUCUCCUCAGGCUCUGGGGGGGCAGGUGGUGGCCUCCCCACUGCGGGCCCCUCCCCUGGCCCCGCCCCUCCCGGGAGGAGCACUGCGGCCCCACCCCUGGCCCCGCCCUCCUGGGAGGAGCAUGUCGCGGAUGAACCGGCCCGCCCCCGUGGAGGUGAGCUACAAGAGCAUGCGCUUCCUGAUCACGCACAACCCCACUAACGCCACGCUCAGCACCUUCAUCGAGGACCUGAAGAAGUACGGGGCCACCACCGUGGUGCGCGUGUGUGAAGUGACCUACGACAAGGCGCCUCUGGAGAAGGACGGUAUCACCGUGGUGGACUGGCCCUUUGACGACGGGGCGCCGCCCCCUGGGAAAGUGGUGGAGGACUGGCUGAGCCUGCUGAAGGCCAAGUUCUGCGAUGACCCUGGCAGCUGUGUGGCCGUUCACUGCGUGGCCGGCCUGGGACGCGCUCCGGUCCUUGUGGCACUGGCCCUCAUCGAGAGCGGGAUGAAGUAUGAAGAUGCCAUCCAGUUCAUCCGCCAGAAGCGGCGUGGAGCCAUCAACAGCAAACAGCUCACCUACCUGGAGAAAUACCGGCCUAAGCAGAGACUGCGGUUCAAAGAGCCACAUGCGCACAAGACCAAGUGCUGCGUCAUGUAGCCCAGGGGCUUCGAGCAGGGGCUCCGGUCCCGGCACCUCGGCACCCCCAUGUGCACUGGGCCCUGCGUGCCCUCUGCCGUCUGUUCCUCCCCGUGUCUCCGUCUGCCCGUGUCCGCCACUCAGCGGACCUGCCCUUCCCUUUGCCUCCAGGCUCUGUGUCUCUGCGUCUGGACCCCACAGCCUGUGUCUCUCUGUGUCUCUGCCUCUCCCGAGUCUGAUGUCUCUCUCUUCCUGUCUCUGUGCCUGCCGCUCUCUAUCUCUCCGAGGCUUGGCUGGGGCACCCCCGGCCCGGCCCUCCCGCACUGUCUGCUGGGCAGCUUUCCUCUCAGGCUCAUUUGUUAGGGGGCAGGUGAAUUUUUUAGCCACUGGGCCUGACCCCUACUCCGUCCUGACCUGUUCUUGGCACUUUCAGUUAUUGGGUCUGGAGGCUGUCAGAUGUCCUGGACACCCGAAGGCAAUAAAAAAGGACUCUGUGGCUGUG